AUGUCCGUGCUCGACGCAUUCAAGAUUAAGCCGUUCAAUCUCGAACCUGUCUUUGCGUCCUGGACCGAUGCCCCCCGUUUCCUCGGCAAUCCCAAGAAGGACCCUCCCGUUAACGACUGGCUGGCCCAGAUCAAAGCGGGAUGCAUCGAACGCAAGGUCCCGAGAGACUACUGGCACAAAGUCGGGCAGCAUUACCUCGGAGAGAAGGCUCGCAAGCGCCUCGACGAAGUCAAGCUCGUGAUGAAGAACAUGCAUGGCGGAAAGUAUAAGUGGAAUUGGAAGUCGUUUAAGAUCGCCAUGCGCAACAUGGGUUGGGAUAUCGACGUUGAGAGGACAGAGUCAAUCAAAGUCAAGAGCAGGCCGUCAGGGUUCUGGUGGAUCGUGGGCAAGGGAGAAGAGUCGAAGGACUCACCGUCGGCGAGCUCUUCACCGCCCCCACCGCCGCCGAAGCCGAAGCCCCAGAAGUCCAAGUCGACUUCGCAGGUGGUAACUCGCAGUUCGCUCCCGACCCCGAAGCGUUCUGCUACCAUGACCUCCAUCGAGAGUGUAUCCUCCAUCGCGUCUUCUGUGUUCUCGUCGAAGAACUCCACAGAGAAGAACACUCCCGUCGCGACGCCGGCGAUGACUCCGGAUGACGGAGGGGGCGAUGCACCCACGACGAUAACGCAUGCCCCGGUAUGGCUGGUCAACGCCUGCCAGGCGCUCGAAUCCCUCACGACUGAACACCCCAAAGCGAUGAGCGCGCUAUCUGCAGUGCUCAUCACUGUCGGGUCUCUGCCCGCCCUGCCUGCUAUCUCGGCGGGCGUCGGUGGCGCGUUCCUGGCCAGCAGUACCGCCCAUGCACUUGGCUCGCUCGCCGUUGGACUCGGCACAAUAUUAAAGGCCCAGGCAGAUGGACAGGUCCAGACAGCCGCUGGCCCGAUGUUGCCACCACCUAGAACGUAG